CGGAUAUCUCUUGUACUGGUGUUUUGAACUUUUGAUUGAAACCCUAUUCCCACUUUCGAACUCAGAGUUUCAGCAGACUGAGUUAGAAUUGUGGAAGAUAAAGGAGAAAAAACUCAGCUGCUUCCUCCUCCGCUUCAGCUCAUCGUGAUCUCCUUUGGGUACACGCCAUCGCACUCUGUAAUGCAGAUCUUUGUGAAAACCUUAACCGGGAAGACAAUCACUCUCGAAGUUGAGAGUAGUGACACCAUCGACAAUGUCAAGGCCAAGAUUCAGGACAAAGAAGGCAUCCCUCCGGACCAGCAAAGGUUGAUUUUUGCUGGAAAGCAGUUGGAAGAUGGAAGGACUCUGGCUGAUUACAACAUUCAGAAGGAAUCGACACUUCACCUGGUUUUGAGACUUAGGGGAGGAACCAUGAUCAAGGUCAAGACUCUCACCGGAAAGGAGAUUGAGAUUGAUAUUGAACCAACUGACACGAUUGAUAGGAUCAAGGAGCGAGUUGAAGAGAAGGAAGGUAUCCCUCCGGUGCAACAAAGGCUUAUUUAUGCUGGGAAGCAGCUUUCAGAUGACAAAACAGCUAAAGAGUAUAACAUUGAGGGGGGCUCUGUUCUUCACCUUGUCCUAGCGCUGAGGGGCGGCCUUCUUUAGAUGUUCCACUUUUGUUGGGAUGGAAAAGGGUUUCUUUGAUGUUUUACUUUGGGAUAACAUACCAUAUGAUGACACUUUUUGGUUGGAUGCUGCUUGUGCACUUGUACCCUCAAAUCUAGGGGGUGGGCAAAGUAGUAAAUUUCACCCUUUCCGUCCAAGUAAAUUUCAUCACGAACCAAAUCGAUUGUGCUUUCGAAAUGGUACAGAACCGGUUUUGAAAAUGAGAACCAAAAAUUCCGAAUUUUUCUUUAUAACAAUUAAAAUAUGGGUUGAUAU